AUGCCUCCGAAGAAGAAAUGUACCCACAAGGCCAGGAAAGCAGAGCUGGUAUUCCUUGAGAAGCCGCGAGAGGGACCCGUCCAUUGCUAUGAAACUCCGCUGCCUUUGGCCGAGAAUCCAAGACGUGUUCCUGCAAAACCUGUAGAUCAGAACACGUCUGCUGCCUGGGUGUGCCCACAAUUUGAAACAACUAAGACAGUGGCGUUGAAAGCAUGCCAGAAGAAGGAUCAUGCUUCUCGCAAACCCCAGAAUCAGGAUGCCAACCACAGUUGGCUUCCUGAAGGAGGAGCUUGUCGAAGAGCUAUAGCCUGCAGAUUUCCCCCUUUAACUUUUGAGAAUCCAGAAGGAUAUCCAGUCCACCCCUCAGAUCGUCCCAAUUGCUCAAGGAAGAACCCACAGCACUCUCACAGCCAGCCCAAGACAGGGACAGCAGCAAAAGCCACCAUCCAGGUGAACAGUCCGGAGAACUGUAGAGAAAUACUUUUGUUACCUGCUCCCCAGCCUGUGGAGCCAGAAGUCUAUAGUCCACAAGGUACAGAGACUCCACAGGUUCCUCCCCUAAGGAACUGGACAUGCAGCAGCACUUUGCCACAAACAAGUAGCCAUGCCUGGCAUCCAGAAAAAGAGCUGGUAUUCGGUAUUGAUCCCUGUGGGAGAGAGGAGUCAGCAGCAGUACUGGUUACGGACACUCCUGAGCAUGAGUAUGGAGUAAAGGUUACGUGGAGGCAGCGGCCUCAUCUGAUGAAAUACCUGCAGGAGAGAGGGAAGCUGAGUGCUGCUGACAUACUGGUGAAGGCGAACACCGAGCUCUCGCGGAGACAGACCAACGUCUAA